AUGGAUACUACAGAAUCAGAUCAAUUACAACUCCUGACAUCGAUACCAACAACAAUGUCAAAUGAAAUAAAUACAACACAAGAUGAUUCAGAUUCAGACAUUUUAUUUUCGUCUAUGAAUGAGGAACAAAAUCUAAAUCAUAAUUAUUCAUCCUGUAAUAAUGCUUGUGAAAGUGAAAACGAAUCAGAUUCUACUGAUGAACAACCAUCAGAAGCUAUUGAUGAUAGUAUCCUUCCAAAUGAAUUACAAAAAGAUCCUACUGAAAAAUCAUUUGAUAAAUCUUUUCAUCCUCAACCAUCACAAGAGCGUGAUGAUAUUCGUUCACCUGCGCAAGACACUGAAUUAUCUGUAGGAACUUAUUUGAGCACUGUAACUGAUACAGAUCAUCCUUAUGAAAUUCAAUCUACAGGAGCAGUACCUAUUUUUUUCGAAGAAAGUUAUCCUAUGCCUUGUAGUGAUGAUAAAGAUGCAAUUUCAAUAAUAAAACAACAAUUAACCACAACAACGACUACAACUACAACUGAAUAUAUUGAAACAAAAAAACAUAAAAAUGAUCUUGGACAUAUCAUGAUUAGUUAUAAUCAUUCAACAAAAAUUUUAUGUUCAAAAAUUGCUAAAGCAUUAAAAAAUAUGAAUUAUAUAGUUUGGAUUGAUCAAGAUAAUAUCUCAGGCAAUAUAUUUGGAUCGAUGGCUCAAGCUGUUGAAAAUUCUUUUGUUGUUUUAAUGGCCAUUAAUGAACCAUAUUAUCAAAGUCGAUAUUGUCGAUUAGAAGCUGAAUAUUCUGUUGAAUUAAAUAAAGCAUCUAUUCCAAUGUUAAUGCAAUCUGACUAUAAAGCAUUAGGUUGGCUUGGAAUAAUCAAUGGGUCAAAACUUCAUAUUGAUUUUAGUAAACAUGCAUUUGAUGAGGCAUUCAAUGCACUUGUACGUGAAAUAGAAUCUGUUCGCUCUUCUCUUGGAGCUGAUCGUCAUGAUCGAACAAGCAUCUCAACAUCUGUUCAUGAUAAUCAAUUAAUGACAACAAUGAAUAAUCAUUGGACUUCUUUUCAAAAUGUUAAUGAAUGGAAUGUUGAUGAUGUUGUUGAAUGGUUAAAUCGAGAAAAACUUCAAAUGUUUGAAGAUUCUUUAAGGAAUUUUACUGGAGCAACAUUAUGGCAAUUGUAUAAAGUAAAAUUUGAUUCUCCAACAGAUUAUUAUCGAAUGGUUGAAUCCUUGCUUCCACCAACAUGUCUACUUCGUCUUUUGCACAACUUAACAUUUAAUGGUGCACUUGAAUCACUAUUUUCUUCAUCUAAUUCAAAAACAAAAUACUUAUAG